AUGGGCUACGACGAAGCCGCCGCGCCACUGGCGUCUCUCUCCAUCACGCACGUUUACUAUGACCCCGACGAUCGCAUCUCGCUUCUCUGCGCCUACCUCGCCCUCCUCCCGCAAGCCCUCGGCAUCGUCUACCUCACCCUCAUUUUCGCCUCGCGCGAGGCCGAGGUCGCGCUGCUCUUUGCCGGCCAGCUCGCCUGCGAAGCCCUCAACUUUCUCCUCAAGCGCCUCAUCAAGGAGGAGCGCCCGCGCCGCAUACACGGCAAGGGCUACGGCAUGCCCUCGUCCCAUGCCCAGUUUGUCUUUUUCUGGAGCGUCGCCCUCUCUCUCUUUCUCCUGGUGCGCCACCGACCAACAAACCCCGGCAGGGCGACGACGACGACGACGACGCCAGGCGGCGCUAGGCUCGUCGCGCGCCUCGCCGUCAGCGCCGCGAGCCUCGGCCUGGCCGCCGCCACCGCCUGGAGCCGUGUCUACCUCAACUACCACACCCCGAAGCAGGUCCUCGUCGGCAGCUCCGUCGGCGUGCUGUCGGCCGUCACGUGGUUCGGCGUUACCGCGGCGCUGCGCAGCUCCGGUCUGCUGGCGUGGGCGCUCGACCUGCCCCUCGUGCGCGCGUUUCGGGUAAGGGACCUCGUCGUGGAGGAGGACCUCAGCGAGGCGGGCUGGCGCCGUUGGGAGGAGAAGAGGUUGGCCAGGAACAGAAACUCGAAAAGCUCAAAGUCUCAAUGA